CUGUGAACCAAACGGUCCAGGCCGAAGCCCAUUUCGGGUUCGGUUACCACGUGUCGGGAUUUUAUUACUCCAUCGGCUUGGGUUCCUCGAAACGACAGUCGUGUUGUGUUACUAUGUACAAUUAGGGUUACCAAUCAUCCUCUGUUCCCAAAACCAAAACCCUCUUCCUUGUUCUCGAUCGGCGGCGUGAGAGUGGAAGGCAGAGACAGUUUGAGGCGAAGGGAACUUCCCAUCCUACAUUCCUCUACCGGCGAAAAUGGUUGCUUACAGGUCAUGAUUGAAGGGCUUUUCGUUGGUUUGUUGAUUGGGUCUAUAUGCGUUUUUUCUUUCUUGUUUGUGCAGUACCACCAGUACCAAGUCGUCGGGCGAGCUUUGCCGACGGAGAGCGAUGGACAUCCAAAGAUCUAUAGGAUGAAGCUUUGGAACACGAAUGAGGUUCGCGCCAAGUCCAAGUUCUGGUAUUUCUUGAGGAAGCUGAAGAAGGUCAAGAAAAGCAAUGGCCAGAUUCUAGCUAUCAACGAGAUCUUCGAGAAGAAUCCCACGAAGAUCAACAACUACGGAAUUUGGCUGCGCUACCAGAGCAGGACAGGUUACCACAACAUGUACAAGGAAUUCCGCGACACCACUCUGAACGGUGCUGUUGAACAGAUGUACAGCGAGAUGGCUUCUCGCCACAGGGUCCGAUCUCCUUGCAUCCAGAUUAUCAAGACCGCAACCAUCCCCGCUAAGCUGUGCAAGAGGGAGAGCACCAAGCAGUUCCACAACUCCAAGAUCAAGUUCCCCUUGGUGUUCAAGAAGGUCCGUCCGCCAACCAGAAAGCUGAAGACCACAUACAAGGCAUCCAGACCCAACUUGUUUGUCUAAGCCUUUUUAGUAGGGGACUGAAAGUAGUAGAGGGUUAAAAGAAAAUCUACUGGAUUACAUUUCUCGUGGAAGACGGAAUGUUUGAGUUUGCCUAUGGAAUUUUUGUUGUCGUCUUGAGUGUUAGUACUAUAUUAUGGGAUGCUUAUCUUUUGGGAGCAACUGAUAUUUGACAACUAUUGUCUUGUUUGAUUGGAUCAUUACCGGACCGAAUAUAGAUGCUAGUGUGGUGCAUUCCUUGAUUU